UGCUCCCAACAGUUUGACGUAUUUGUUUGAGGCCAACUUCACGAGUAACGUAAGACCAUCGUGAGAAAGGAAUAGUUUUCUCCACCAUGACUGAUAAUCUUCUUCCCCGAGGAGAUGACGUAGCUCAGCAAGCACAUAAUGGCUUUGGACCACUUUCCGAGCUUCGUGGAAAUAUUGCUACGAUCACAUCAGCUAUCGUGGUUGUGAUUAGUGGCGUGAUGCUUUUGUUCGCAGUAAAGGAUAACGAAAAGAGAGAAGGGAUUCACUUCCUGGUGUUUACAACAGCCUUGCUUAUCUUGAGUGUCGUUCUCGGAGAAAUGGUACGAAGAUUGUGCCUAGUGUCUGAAGAGAUUAAACACAAACACGCGAGAUAUCGAGGAAACUGGAAGGAUAUUCUCAAGACGACUUUCACUUUCAAUAAUUCCGGUAGUAUUUUAGUUGUCGCCAUCGCUUCCGCUCUGACACUGUGUUUUAUGCUGCAUGAACAAUACGAAGUUUUCUCGAGUCCAGGUUUCUCCAUCUUGUUUUUCCUGAAUUGUCUCGUGGUUCCGCAAUUGUCAUUCCUUGUGGGUCUUCGACAGCUCUCUCCUGUAGAGACAUCGGAUUUGAACGAAAAAGAAAACAAGAAUGUGGCUGAUGGGCUGGCUUGGAGCUACUACUUUGGCUAUCUGAAGCUGGUGCUGCCAAGACUGGGAUAUCGUAUUUCCGAAUCGGACACAUUUCGUCAUAAGAUUACAGACGAAAAGCUUUUCAUUUUGCUUCCAAAAACGUGCUAUACAUUUGAAGAAAUCUCCAAAGCAGAUGACAGGGUAAAAUGGGCCGGCAAACUCCCCGCGAGUAAAAUUAACAGGGCUGGAAUUUUGGAGAGAAGUUACCAGCAUGCGGUACACCGCAUAGAGAUGCCCCGCCCCGAUGGAACAGUGGAUGAGUACCACUUUGUCCUGGAGUACGCUACGCCUCUUAUGUCCCUGUACGAAAUGUCAGGUCAUGCAAAAGCCCCCUUGACUGGUCCAGAGCGGGAUCAUCAGGUGGUGUUAUUCAUCCGCAAGCUGAGGGAAAUUCUGGAUGACUCUGAGGAAUGCAGAGGAAAGUAUGAAUUGGUUCCAAUUUCAGGAAAUGACACAAACAAGAUUGCAGAUGUCCUUGUGGGAAUGCACAGUGCGAGCAACAUAGAUUUAGAAGAGGAGACUGAUGAGCAAACAAGGCAAUAGAGCAGAUAAGUGACUGCUGCUCCUCAGCAGCAGUAUGGAUGAUGAAGGAACUCUGUUACACAUUACACAUGUAUAGAGCUGUGUUUCUGAGUAUAAAAAAAUACAGUGUCAGAGAUGUUUGAUCCUGAUCUUAAAGGGGGGGUAAAAGAUCUUUUCUUAAAAGGGCACAGAUGUUCAUUAGAAAUUUUGAUCCAAGUCUUGUGGCUCAACCUUUUAUUUCACUCAUAAAAGAUACCAAUUGAUGUUGGUUGAGGAUGCAAAUAUUGUUUUUUAGCAAAGGGACAGUCCUCAUUGGGUUUCAUGCAGGAAUAUUUCACACUUCACAAAUUUAUAAAGGAAAACUUCAAAUCUCACUUCAUCAUUCCUUUCUGUAAAAUUCAGGCAUAACAUUAAUUUUGGGUUUUAUAAUGCAUCAACUGUAAACUCUCUUUACAAAGUUAAAUUAAACCGAAACAGCCUAACACUUUAUCUCAUGCAAUCCCAAAAGAUACCAAAUUAGGCAGCUGAAAAUAUCACUUUUUGUUAUGAUGUACACUCUGAGAGGCCAAAUGUAACAAUAUGUGCUCCAAUCCUUUCCUGGGCUUGAUAGCUCAAGGCUUUGAGUUGUUUUGAAUUCUUUAACCUCUGACAUCUCACACAUUUAUGUUGAUUGUGUGAUGAAAACAUUCAAAGGCACAGCCUUUCAUUUGUGUAAGUGGAGAAGUUUAUAGCCUAAUUUAAUUAACUCUUCCCUAUAGCCUAGCAGAUAACACAGUUUGUAAUGAGCCCUUUAUGGGAUAGUAAAGUAAACAUGAACAGAGAUUUAUAAAACAUGCUGAAUCAUUUAGUUUUUCUCAAUUAUCAUUUGUCUUUGCUUUGCUCUGUGAAAUACUUGAACUGAUGAUUGUUGUGCUCUUAAUCUGUAAACAUAUUAAUUAUCCCUUUACAUCUUUAUAUCAGUAUGCAUAUUCUUAAUACUAUUCUGAAUUGCACAUUUCCUUUGGUACUGACAAGGAGAAUCUGUGUUUCAAUCACAGCUUUUUAGUUUAGCAAUCAUUUCCUUUACUUCCAUGGUCUUUAUAACAAAUAUAUCAGUGGUACUACUCUAAGGAGAAAUUAGAUACUUGUCACUCUAGGAUUUAACAGGUUAAAAAAUAAAACUUGCCACAAAG